AUGGGCUGUGCGGGAUCGAAAACUAAGGACGAUACGUCUCCUCCUCGACGGAGAGAUGCAUCAGAGGAGGCCGUUCCCGCUCCGAAAGUUGCACCGGACGAUUUAUCAGAUCAAUUGUUAUCACGAGACGAUGGACCAGCAGCAGAUUCUCAACGGUCAAAUCCACCGACACAGGUUACCGGGUUACCACCAGGAGGUCCACCGGGGUUACACGGAUCGCCAGCUGUUCCCGCGCAGGAGCAGUCACCGCAGAGCGAAUUGGCAGCAGUGCCAGCGCCGUCGCCGGGGCCCACAGGAGCGCGGAUUGCGGCUCAGACGUUCACGUUUCGAGAGCUGGAGCGAGCGACGGGCGGGUUCUCCGAGAAGAAUUUUAUAGGCGAGGGCGGGUUUGGUCGCGUGUACAAAGGGUGGCUGGAGUCUACAGGCCAGGUGGUAGCGGUGAAGCAGUUGGAUAGGAACGGCGUGCUGGGCAACAGGGAGUUCCUGGUCGUGGUGCUCAUGCUGAGCCUGGUGGUAGCUGUGAAGCAGUUGGAUAGGAACGGCGUGCAGGGAAAUCGGGAAUUUCUGGUGGAGGUGCUCAUGCUCAGCCUGCUGCACCAUCCGAAUCUCGUGAAUCUCAUUGGCUACUGCGCGGACGGCGAUCAACGGCUGCUGGUGUACGAAUUCAUGCCACGUGGCGCCCUUGAGGACCAUCUGCAUGACCUACCUGAGGGCAGGGCGAGUCUGGAGUGGAGCAAGCGCAUGAGAGUGGCAGCAGGGGCGGCCAAGGGCCUUGAGUACCUUCACGAGGAGGCUUCUCCGCCCGUCAUCUACCGCGAUUUCAAGUCCUCCAACAUCCUCCUCGACGAGAACUGGCACCCCAAGCUCUCGGAUUUCGGGCUGGCGAAGCUGGGGCCUGUGGGGGACAAGACGCACGUGUCGACGCGGGUGAUGGGCACGUAUGGGUACUGCGCGCCCGAGUAUGCGAUGACGGGGCAGCUCACGGUUAAGAGCGAUGUGUAUAGUUUCGGAGUGGUGCUGCUGGAGCUGAUCACGGGGCGGAAGGCCAUUGACAGCUCGAGGCCGCAUGGAGAGCACAACCUCUCGCCACCUCUCGCUAUGUCCUCCACUUCCUCCCUUCUCCCCGGCCCCUUGCAUCCAUGUGUGUGUGUCUCUCUCUCUCUCAUUCUGUCUUCCUACCGCCCACCAACCCCGCUCCCCCCACCCAUCACAGGCGCGGCCGCUCUUCAAGGACAGGAGGAAGUUCCCAGCCAUGGCGGACCCCUUGCUGCAGGGGCGCUACCCCAUGCAUCCAUGUGCCUUUCUCUCUUUCUCUAUCUAUCGUCCUCCCCAACGACCCCUUCCCCCACUCACACAGGCGCGACCUCUAUUCAAGGACAGGAGGAAGUUUCCAGCCAUGGCGGACCCCCUGCUGCAGGGCCGCUACCCCAUGCGUGGGCUGCGCGGCCGCUCUUCAAGGACAGGAGGAAGUUCCCAGCCAUGGCGGACCCCCUGCUGCAGGGCCGCUACCCCAUGCGUGGGCUGUACCAGGCGCUGGCAGUUGCUGCCAUGUGCCUGCAGGAGCAGGCCAGCCAGCGCCCCAUGAUCCACGAUGUGGUUACCGCUCUCAACUACCUGUCGUCACAGCCCUACGACCCAAAUAACAACCCGCAACCCAGCACGCCUGGCAGAUACACGCCAGGCACGACGCCCCUUCACGAGAAGAAGGGGUCUCGCUCGCCCCGCGUGCGCAACCUGCAGUCCCCCCGCGCAUCGCCUCAACAGCAGCAGCAGCACAAGCACCGACAGGGGGUGUAUUCCCGCCUUGGUGCUAACAUUGUGUUUUUCCUUUCCUAG